GGCACUUCGGAGUUUUGUUUAUUCGAUAUAUACGUGAGCUCGGGUCCUUAAAAAAAAUAAAGUAAUGUAACGGGAAGUUAUUGAUCCCCUUCCAAUUGCGGUGAUAAGUUCCCACGGUGUUAACAAAACAAAGACAACACUCAAAGAAAUUCGCUAACUUGGUAACUGUGAAUCUCAAACCAUAUCACGGCUUAUAUGUACAUAUAUUGAAGUCCACAUACGAUAGUAUAUAUAUGUAUGUAUUUACUUGGCUUACACAAAUGCUUUAUUUGCACAAAACCUUGUGAUAUUGAGGUCAAUAUCUGAGAAGAAAAGAUGGCUUCCAAAUCAACGAAAAAGAGUAAACCGAGCGGUAUGCGCAUAUUGUGGAUACCGGGCCGAAAGUCCCAUUCCAAGGGCCGUUUUAAUGCCACCAACAAGCAUGUCUCGUACUCGGGACCACAGAAAAAGAGCGAAGUAUGGUCCUUGGGCGGCAGCAAGGCUCAGGCCGAGCUGAUCGACUUUCCCUCCCCCGAUUUGUCUGGCAACUCACCAUCAUCGUCGCUUAGCAUUGUGGCCACCUGUUCGCUGGUCCAAGGAUGCGCAAACAGCGAUAGAGCAUCCUCUGAGGACUUGGCCAUCGCUUCGGAGACUGCCACACUGCCGACCACGCCUGUCAGCCCGAACUCACCCAUCCCGUAUAGUCCUACUUCCGAGACUGCAACCGCAUCCACGCGAGCUAUGACUUCGCCCAGCGUGGUCACCACCGUUGUAAUACAGGACUUGCACAACAUUUUGAGCCCCGAGGAUUUGCCGAAGGUGCCAAAUAUGCCAGUAGCACAGGAUACCGAUGUGGUGCUAAAUAGCUCGGCGGGAACCACAGCAUCGAUAGCAACCAACUCUUCGCCACUGGCCAAUCAUAAGCCGGGCUCGUCGCCGCCCGCAUCCCAUUCCCAGCAAACAACGCCACAGAAAAAUAGAUAUAAGAACCACAACAACAAUCAGGAGGAUAUCAAUUCGAUCGAGAGCAUUUCCAGUUUAACCAGAUUUCAGGGUAUCGCCACAGACUUCGAUUGGAUCGACGAGAUGGCGGGACAGCGAAACAGCAACGAAAUGAUGCACACGAAUAAGCGGAAGAUGCCCAAGAAGGUGGAGGCCCUGUCCGCCGAUCAGUUGGAUGCCAAAUCCUUUGGCUAUGACAAUGACAAGGCCAAAUUGAAUCGCAAGGAGUACGAUGACAACGACGAGAAGGUCGUCAAAUGCUUGUACUACUCACUGAUGUGCUGCGACUGUACUAUAUCUUAAAUGGAUCGCGCAUAAUACGGAUCCGCGUCCAUGUAAUAUACCUCUCAGCCAACUAUGAAAAAAUAACUAUAUUCGAUUUGUGGUGUACUUGGCGUACGCAGCUAAACAGGACAGAAGAAGACAUAAGUAUUAACGAAUUUAUAAUGACUUACAUGGAACAACUAACAUUGUGAAAAUUCGGAAAUUAAAAACUUCAUGGCUACGACUAUUUGGCUUGAAUAUUGAAAUAAGUGAUCGAAACACGUAUAUUUAGAUAUGUAGAUAUUUUCUAUUUUUGUAAAUAAAACAUUUUCUACCGAAACCGAAA